UGGGAAAUGAUGAAAGGUUUAACAAUCCAACAAUCACAUCCUCUUGUUGACGAAAACAUGUCGAAUUUGACUUCAGCCUCGGGUGAAGCCAGCUUUUCUUCUUCGACUAAUAAAAAUGAUAAUGGUAUCAUGUACUCACCUCAGUAUUUUCCUCAUACAACUGAUCAGUCUCAGCCUCAAACAGUGAAGAAGAAGAGAAAUCAACCAGGCAAUCCAGAUCCUGGUGCAGAAGUGAUAGCUUUAUCACCAAGAACUCUCUUGGCAACCAACAGAUUUGUGUGUGAAAUUUGCAACAAAGGGUUUCAAAGAGAACAGAAUCUUCAACUUCAUAGAAGAGGGCAUAAUUUGCCAUGGAAACUGAAGCAAAGAACAAGCAAGGAAGUGAGGAAAAAAGUAUAUGUUUGCCCAGAAACUACUUGUUUACACCAUGAUCCAUCAAGGGCACUGGGGGAUUUGACUGGGAUAAAGAAGCAUUUUUGUAGAAAACAUGGGGAGAAGAAAUGGAAAUGUGUGAAAUGUUCAAAGAAAUAUGCAGUUAAAUCGGAUUGGAAAGCCCACUCCAAAACCUGUGGCACUAGGGAGUACAGAUGUGACUGUGGAACCCUUUUCUCAAGGAGGGACAGUUUUACAACACACAGGGCCUUUUGUAAUGCUUUAACAGAAGAGAGAGCAAAACCAAUAACUGGUAACAACAGCAUCCAAAUCAUCACAUCUCAAGCAACUUUCUCAACGUCACAUAUAAACCCACAAGUUUCACCUCAAUUCAAUGCUCAUAAUUUCCCAUAUCCAAUAAAAAAAGAGCAACAAAUUUUCAGUUCAAGGCCUGAGAUUCCACUAUGGCUAGCUUCUUGUCCACCAGCACCACAGGGACCUUGUCCAACUUCUGGCUCUGGGCCACCACUCAUUGACCUCACCCCAUCAAUCUUCAACUCUAGACUAGAUCAAGAAUUUUCUCAGAAUCAAAACCCUAACCCUA